AUGCUGGUGGGAGUCGGGCAGACAACUUUCACAUUCACUCUGCCCUACUGUGGGCCCAAUGGGAUCAACCACUGCUUCUGUGACCUGCCCCCGCUGCUGAAGCUGGCCUGCAUGGACACCUACAGGAACGAAGUAACUGUUUACACCAUUGCUGUUGCCUUCAUCAUGGUCCCCUUCCUGCUCAUCUUGAUGUCCUACAUCUGUAUCCUCCACGCGAUCCUCAGUAUUCCAUCAGCCGAGGGCAGGAGCAAAGCCUUCUCCACCUGCUCCUCCCAACUUAUUGUGCUGACCUUGUUUUUUGGGUGCACUGUGGUGUACCUGAGGCUCAAAUCCAGAUACUCCCUCAACACCGACAAACUGCUUUCCGUGUUCUACUCAGUGGUGUCCCCAGUGCUGAACUCUUUGAUCUACAGCCUGAGAAAUAAGGAGGUGAAGGAAGCUCUGAGAAGGAGUCUGGAUCUUGACCAAGAAAUUUGGACCUUGAUAAAAAAAAAUUGA